GCGGGUUCCCGGCGUGAGGCGCCUGUAGCGGCUGUUGUGUGCCUGUGUGUCCGGUUACGAGUCGGCUCCGUGUUCGCACCAAGGGAGGAGGACUUGGCCGGGGGAUCCGGCUGGAGGUGGCAGCGGCAGCAGGAGCGCCGUGGAAGAAGCGAGUGUGUCGGUAUUGGACAGUAUUGUUCUAAAAGCACGAAGCAGAAACUGUUUACAUGCUCAGGAUAGCGAUUGGCAUCAGUAUUUGACAACCCAAAAACCACAAUGCGCGAGUACAAGCUCGUGGUCCUUGGUUCUGGAGGUGUUGGGAAAUCUGCGCUGACAGUGCAGUUUGUUCAAGGAAUAUUUGUGGAAAAGUAUGAUCCUACUAUAGAAGAUUCCUACAGAAAGCAAGUGGAGGUAGAAGGACAACAAUGUAUGCUUGAAAUUCUCGAUACAGCUGGAACCGAACAAUUCACAGCAAUGCGAGAUCUGUAUAUGAAGAAUGGUCAGGGAUUUGCACUAGUAUACUCUAUCACAGCACAGUCCACGUUUAAUGACUUGCAAGACUUGAGGGAGCAGAUUUUGCGAGUUAAAGACACAGAAGAUGUUCCAAUGAUACUGGUGGGCAAUAAAUGUGAUUUGGAAGAUGAGCGGGUAGUUGGGAAAGAGCAGGGACAAAAUCUAGCAAGACAGUGGAAUAACUGUGCCUUUUUAGAAUCUUCUGCAAAGUCUAAAAUCAAUGUAAAUGAGAUCUUUUAUGACUUGGUCAGACAGAUAAAUAGGAAAACACCAGUGGAAAAGAAGAAACCUAAAAAGAAAUCAUCAUGUCUGCUGCUUUAGAUAUGUGUCAAGCAGCAGGUCUGAGCCAGACUUUAGAAAUGAAGAACUGUUGCCUGGUUAAAGUGCCAGCAUUCCAAAAUGUAAAAAGAGAUAUCCAAUCCUAACUUAUCAUAUCUGAAGAGGCUCCUUCUGUUUUAUAUACUGUAUCAUGUGAAGACUUUAGAUCUCCAAUACUGUUUGCACAAGGUUCCCUGGCAAUGAUUUAGCUGUUUCUUUCUGAAAAUAAGACACUGUUGUGUCAACUCUUGCAAUAGCAGCGCUCACAGAUGUGAAAUAAACCUACUUGACUCAAUUCUGAAUGAUCUUGAGAGCAUGGAUGCAUUUCUGAUGUUAAAUAUUGCUAGUUUAAUGACUUCAUUGAUUUUCAUAUUGACUUACCUUCCAACUCCCCUCCCUAGUCAUGCCUGUGUCAAGCACUAAAAAUGUAGCCAUUUAUAGUUUUUCUUUAUAAAUAUAUAUAGAGAGAUAUAUAUCCCCUUUAAUGAACUCAAUGGGGCUAAUACCUUUUUGAGUCACGGUGACUUCAUUUUAUAUUUAAAACUUCUGGGUUUAUUAUAACUUUCAUCUUGCCAUUAUAUUAUAAUUCAGAAACCAUUUUGUGCAUAAUGCUUUUGGGGAGGGAUGGUGGGGUCUUUUAUAGGAAAACCGGUAUACUGAUUUCUAUGGAUUUCAAAGCUGAAAUAUAUAAUAUACUAAAACGACUCUAAUAUUGCUUCUUGUGUUUUA